AGAUACAAAGAUUUGAUUUGCAAGUUUGGCUGUACCUGUAGAAAACUUAUUUCAAACGGAAUAGCACAUCCUAAAUUUUACGAGAAUCUGAUAGUAUGACGACCAGGGGGGCAGAAGAGAGAAAACGUCAGAAAAACAAUCCAAUACCUAAAUACUCGGAACCAAAUCAGGGUAAUGAGCUCACAGAGGAUGGAAAUAGUUCAACAAAUUCACAGUCGCCAUCAAAAGACAGAACUAGAGACAAAAGGGGUUCUUGGGAAGGAACGGUUUUACAAGCAUCAGAAGUAUUUACCUUAAAAGUGUCCCUACCUGCUGUAGUGUUGAUAAUAGCUUUGGGAAUGUACGUAAGGAAUGUUGAAAACUACUAUGAACAUAAAUUUGAGGUGUUGAUGAAAUAUGAAGAUUAUUUGGAAAAGUUAGAGACACUUACAGAAGAAGUUCCAUCUUUAGGAGACAGUUUAUCUGAACUCAAGAAACGAUUAGUACCAAUGGAUGAACGUGCAGUUGAUAUUCUAAAAGAAAUAAAAACAGCAAACGAUAACUUAACAAACAUAGAAAUGAGAAUAGGCUCAAUAUCGGGGAUCAGUAGUAAACUGGAAGUCGAUUUACCAAAACAACAGGAACAAUUUACUGAAUUUACAAAAAAACUUAACAAAACGGAUAUUGAUAUUUCCAACUUCUCAAAAGAUAUUGACUCAAUCAUUGAUAAUACGACCGAUAUUAAGAAAAAACUUGAAAUGGCAUUUCUAAAUCAAACAAGUCUUAAUGGUUUGCUUAACAAAACAACUGCAAAAGCGGAAUAUGUCAACUCAUCUGUCUCUAAAGUCCAUACAAUAAUUACUGAAAUCAAUAAACAUUUGCCCACUUUAGAAAAUAUGAACAAAACUGUUAAUUUGAUCAUGGGCAGUUAUCACCUUCUUCCUCUACUAUUAAGGAGACUUGACGAAAAUAAAGAUCGAGCUCAUGGUUUAGAACUGGAGGUAAAUGAGACCGAGACAAGAUUUAAAGAUAUAAAGGAAAAAUCAGAACGUGUAAGUGAAACUGUUUCUCAAGCUAUGGAAAAACAGACAGAUAUUGAAAAGAAAGUAAAGGUAUCUAAUGACGAUAUAACAAAGCUUCAACAAGAUAUGUCAAAAACUGACGAAACCGUAAAGAAUAGAUUGACAAAAUUAACAGGAGAUUUUGACACCUCAGAAGUUAAAUUUUUAGAUAUGACAAGCAAACUAGAUAAUAAAAUUUCAACAACUGAUGGUCGUAUUGGAGAAAUGGUUGACAAAGUAGAUAGAUACAGCGGGAAACUUGAACAUUUUAAAAGUGAUGUGGUUUCACUCAGCGAUGAUGUUAAGAAGAUGAAACCAACCUUAGAAUACACAGGCUCUAAGGUCCAGGAACUUGAUAUACAAGUUAGAAAUCUGCAGUCACAAAAUAAGGGAAUUUUCCAACCCAUCAAUGUAUGUGUAGUUUUGGCAUUUAUAUCGAUUGCUGUGCUUUUUUAUCUGAUAUAUUACCGCUAUGAUAAUGGUGGAACGCAAUUUAGAGAGAAUCAGAGAACAGAAUCGCAUUCAACGCCACCUUUUAUGUCUCAGAGGCCUCCGGGUAUACUGGAUAGGAUUCACAGACUUCCAGUCUUAGAUAACAAAGUAUGUAUCUUGAGUUUUUACUCUGAAACUAUGAAUUUGCACAGAAAAUUGGUAGAUUCGGCUCUAGCAACAAACAGAAGAGGAAACAGCAAGGAAGUUAUCCAGCAUCUGGUCAGGAAGCAUGAAGAUAUCCUAAGUAUUCCCAAUGCAAGAUAUAUCUUUGUAUUUGUCGACUUCAAUGAACGCAAUGUGAUCUUAGAAAAUCCUGGACAGGACUUAGGCGAUAAGAAGCUAGUGACUGUACAGGCUGCUCAGAAAAUUGGUGCUGAUGUAUUUGUGACAUAUGUGAGGGACAAAGGAUCAAACCGAUUACUUCCGGGUAACUUGUAUAACCAGGAGUUGUCCGCCUUUACAAGUCAUGAUGAGUUAAAGAGGUUAGAAAACAAAAAGAGAUGUUUCAGUGUAUAUGAAACAUUUAACAACACACAAAAGGAAUCUAUUGUCCAUUCAAUAUUAUGAGACUUUAUAAUUUAUUAAAUUGUCAUUGACAUGUGUUGACACUUUAUUUUCUAAUCCUAUAUAUUUUGGAAAACUGGAUUUUUUUUACUUUUACUUAGAUAACAAACUCUUCACAUGAUUUUUUGUUGUGUUUUUCUCACAUUAUGUUGUAUUUUGAUGUAGUGAGUUUCAGUUUCUAUUAAUGUGUGAAUCCUAUUCAUGUACUAACUUUCAUUGUUUUAAAAUGAUACAUUAAUAUAUAUGAUACCAAUAUCAGUACACAUGACACAUGUUUCUUGAUAAACUUCCAUCAGAUUUGUAUGCGAAUUAAUGUUUGAAAAGCCAAUUAAGUAAUAAGUUCUGAAACAUUAGUAAUGCAAAAGUUAUGAAAAGGACAUCAAAAGCCUUCAAUUACAUACUAUAUAAUGUGAAUAUUAAAAUAUCAAUAUGUUGUAUCAUUUAAAUCAUAUCUCUCCAAAGCCUUAGCUUAAUGGAGAGCCGAUAUUAGAAAAAAAAGAAACUGUUGUAGUUUAGUAUUGUAUUGUAUUGUAAAUGAUAACUAACACAUAAGUAUAUUUUAUGUAUGUUACUAAAUGGUAUGCAGUUUCUACAUAUGCUUGCGUUCCGUGUUCAUAGAUUUUGACUUUUUUCAUAUUAAAAGUUACAAAAAUGU